UUCUACUUCCGGGGCAAAAGGGGAAAAAACUCCUAAGCACGUGGAUAAAGGAAGCGGAGCAGCCGUGGAAGUAGGGACUCACGGAGGUUGGUUUCUCGCAUUCCGUUCGACGGUGGCUGAGGAAGCCCAGAAAGAGAAGAGGACACGCUGGAAUCCGCCUGGCGCGUAAAAAGUGUGAAAAAUGACAUCCCUUGCUCACCAACUGAAGCGCCUUGCGCUCCCUCAGAACGAUCCCAGUCUCUUAUCUCGAAGUGAAGCUGCAUCACUGCUGUUUGAUUGCAAGGAAGCUGCCAAUAUUGACAGAGAGACCUUUUUUGCAAUAGGGUGCACUGGGCUGGAGGAGCUGAUUGGGAUAGAUCCAUCCUUUGAAACAUUUCAGCCAACACUUUUCAGUCAAAUGUCUAAAGGUUUGGAGCGCAGUGUGCAAACUAAAGCAGUGAACCAGCAGUUGGAUGAAAACAUUUCAUUGUUCCUGAUUCAUUUGUCCCCUUACUUCAUGCUCAAACCAGCACAGAAAUGUCUUGAAUGGCUGAUUCACAGGUUUCAUAUUCAUCUCUACAACCAGGACAGUUUGGUUGGCUGUGUAUUGCCCUAUCAUGAGACUAAACUGUUUGUGCGAGUUAUCCAGCUCCUCAAAAUUAGUGACCCAACUCAUAAAUGGCAUUGGCUCCAUCCAAUUCAGAAACCAGGAGUCCCUCUUGCAAGAGGAACUUUGAUUACACACUGUUACAAAGACCUUGGUUUCAUAGAUUUCAUAUGCAAGCUAGUUACAAAAUCUGUAAAGGCCUUUUCAGUACAUUCUGGAAGUGUACCACAGAUGAGAGUCCUGUUUACUUUUUAUGCAUCUACAAUUGUGUCUGCUCUUGGAGCUGCAGCAAGUAUAACUGACACACUGGUCUCCAAGUUGCUUCCUUAUAUCCAAAGGGGUUUGAAAUCUUCAUUGGUGGAUUACAAAGCAGCAACCUACAUGAUCACCUGCCAGUUGGCUGCGAAAGUGACAAUGGAAAACUCAUUAGUUCAUUCCUUGGUGCUACAAAUCAGCAAGACUUUGACUAAAACACCUUCUCUUAUCAAAGAUGGACUAGGCUGUCUGAUUGUCUUGCUACAGAGUCAAAAGGAAGAAGAUCUUGGGGAAAAGCCAUUUACAUAUCUUUGUAAUGUAUCCAACUUGAUUUCCACCCUUCAUGAAAUUUCCGCAGACUAUGAUGUCAGUCCAAUUUUGCGUUAUAUGUUGCCACAUCUAGUUCAUUCAAUUAUUUAUGGAGAGACAGAAAUAGAAGAAGAAUCUGACAUGGUUGGUAAUCAAAUCUCCAUAAAACAUCUAGAAGCUAUAAUUACUAACAUACCAUUAGAAAAAGAUAUGGAUCAUUUGUUGGCCUGUAAAUUUCUGGAAGAAUACAUCUCCUGUGGUACAGAGUGUGAUGGUGAUCCUACCAAAAUGACUGAGAUUAAUAAAGAACUGCUUCCUUUAAUCAGACUUUUUGAAAGGAAAUACCCUAAAACACUAGAUUUGGUUCUUGAGGAGUAUCUGAAGGAUGUUAGAAAUCCAGUGGAGCAAGAUCUCUUCCACCAGUUUAUUUCCCUUUCACUGAGUGGUGGUAAAUACCAGUUUCUAGAAGAUUCUGAUACAUCUCUGCUACUUAGCUUGAAUCAUCCGCAGCCAGCAGUCAGGGUUCUGGCUGUUCAGCAUCUGAAGGAAAUCAUCAAAGCAUCACAGGAGGGCUUUGAUGAUUCUUUCAUAGAAGAGGCAAUUGUAGCACGACUUAAAGAUGAUAAUUUAGAGGUGGUUAUGUCAUCUCUUGGUACAUUGGAGACUUUCUUGCUUACUACAAAGACAUUUGAUGAACAAAUUGGCUACAGCUUAUUGUGUCUCUUUGAAAGAGCUGACCUCUUGAAGGAUGAAAAAUGGUGCAAGAUCUUGGAGACUGCAAUCCACCUAUUAAUCAAUGAAGGAAUGGUUGGAAAGAAUAAAGAACUCUUAAACCAAUUAGUUCUGCAGUUGCUACCAUUUAUAGUAAUAACAAGCAAUGAUGCAAAAUCUGCUGAAUGCAAAUUAGCACUGUCCAUAUCAAAGUCUGGUCUUUGCUAUCUACAUCCUUUGUUGAAAGGAUGGCCAGAAAUUUUUCAAAAAGUGGUUAAAUCAGCCAAGUUUGAAGAUUUGAUAUAUGCAUCUAAUGGAAAACUGAUCAAGCUCUUGUCAGAGAACCUAAUUUCAAAAGAUCCAUCUUUUGUGUCACAAAUGGUGCAAGGUCUCAUUGGCAUUGCUGAGAAAGAGUCUCGUAAUGUGAAGCAGAAGAUAACAGCGCAUGUAAUCAGCGCUGUUGUUGUCCAGUCGUGUUCCGAUAGUUCACAAAUGGAAGAGCGCUAUUCAUCACUGGCUUUGAUGGUCUUUGAACUCUUGAAUAGAAAAAUGCAAACAUUUGAAGACAAGAAUUUUCUGUGGGAAUAUUCCUCAUCUGACAGUGAGCUGUUCUUAGAGGUAUUAAAAGCAUGUAUACAAAAGCUAAAUGCUGAAGAGUCUGCUGAUUUAGAAAAUUUUGUCUUGCUCAUUGUGUUGCUGAGAAACUUCAUCCAAGGCCUGGUCCCUCCAGAUUCCUUUUUGAAAGAUGAGAUGUGGUGGAAUCCUGAAACAUUAAAUAAAAAGAACAAAAACUAUUUGUAUCUGCUCUUGGGGCUUUUUAACACUCUGGUUCACGGAGCGAGUGAGGGAAUCCAUGCUGAUCAUUUUCGUACAAUGAUGAAACUUCUGUUUGAGGUUCAUUUGAAAAGACCAGAGGAUCAGUUCCGAUUUUUCUCAGUUUUGUGGACUUACAGUUACAACAUCUCCAAUCAGCUGAACUUUGCAGUAGAUGCUGUGCUACAGACUCGUGCUUUGUAUAUAGGUUGUGCAAUGCUUGCAUCCCAAACCAUGCAGACAAAAAGGAAACUGGCAUCAACAAUGUCUCCAGUAAUUGUAUCUUUGCUGAUUAAUUUGGGAAGUCCUGUGAGUGAAGUGCGGAGAGCUGCUGUUAACUGCCUUAAUUCCCUGAGUGGAAUAAAAGAGUCUGCAUAUCAUCCUAUACUUCUAGAUUUAGUACAGAAAGCUGAGGAGAUAACAUCUGACCAAACAUAUGUAAUCCAGAGUCUUGGUAAAUUGUUUGAGGAGCUACAUACUCAAACAAAACAAAAGCCACAACAGCAGAAGUUGUCAGAAGCGCUAGGAGCACUGCUUGAAUGUGCCCAAAGCAGCAAGUGCCCAUCAUAUGUUGCACAAAACCUGAUGAAACUUCUUCAGGCAGUCAAUGGCAAGGUAGUGCUUUCUCAUCUGUUGCCUGUCAUGGAUAGAUUACUGGAGAGAGUUCUUACAAAACCAGAGGAGAUGUUAAAAAAUGAAGCUCUUCUUUUGCAUCUCAUCCUUGGAAAAUACAAUGAGCAUUCAGCAGGACUUCUUUGCACAAACCAACAGAGUCUAGAUUUGUUCAUCAAAGCUUUACACACCUCACAGGAACUCUACAAAGGACUCUGCACUUUCCAAAUGAGAACUCUUGGACAGAUUACAAAGUCAUUCUUUGCUGCACUGCCAGAUGGAAAGGUUCAACAAAAGAUUUUGGGAGUCCUGUUUGAUUUACUUCUGAAUUGUAAAAAUCCACACUGUGCACAGAUGAUCAGCAGUGUUUUUAAAGGGAUUUCAAUUGAUGCUGAGCAAGUUAGUGUGGAACUGGAACCUCUGCCGAAAGCUAAGAAUAUUAUCACUGUUCAGCAAACAAGAAAGCAGAAGAUGCAGCAGCAGAGAAAAGCUCAGGAUCAGGAAUGCAUACAGGAAGAAAGCAAUGUGAACUGGCAGAGAGUCACUCUUAUACUGGAAUUACUACAACACAAGAAGAAGCUUAAGCAGCCACAGGCACUGAUACCUACCCUUUUCAGCUUGCUUGCUAGAUGUCUAGAGCCUUCUGCAGGACAGGAAAAUCUGGAAUAUGUAAAACAACUUAUACUUGGUGGUCUACUUAAUAUUUGUCAGAAACUGUCUCCGGAUGGCAGCAGGUUAAAGAAAGGUAUCCUUGACGAAGAGAAGUUCAAUGUGGAGUUGAUAGUUCAAUGCAUCCGAGUUUCGGAAAUGCCUCAGACACAUCACCAUGCUUUACUCCUGCUGGGCACUGCUGCUGGGAUGUUUCCUGGUAAAGUGCUGCACAACAUCAUGCCCAUCUUUACAUUCAUGGGGGCAAAUGUGAUGCGUCUGGAUGAUAUUUACAGUUUCCAGGUGAUUAACAAGACAGUGAAGAUGGUCAUCCCUGCUCUUAUACAGGUAAGACAUUUUAAGUUGAAGACUGAAAUAGGUAUUCUAUGGGUGUAUUUCACAGAUGAUCCCGGACAGAAAAAAUCAAGACAACACAGAAUUAAAUCAAGCAGCCAAGAAACUGAGCUUUUUAAUGUAGACUCUCAUUCUGGCAAACAGCUGAGGCAUUUUAAGUUCCUGUCAGUGUCUUUCACAUCACAUCUGCUAGCUUCACAGAGUUUUGUGAAAAAAGUAGUUGAAUGUGAAGAUGCAGAAGAGUUAAAAGAGUUUGAACAGAGGUUGCUGGAAGAUGUUCUUUGUUACAUAAACGUUGUAGCCCACUCAGUGGAAAAGAAUGCUGCUUCACCGACAGCCAAGUUCUGGAGAGCACUCCUCAAUAAAACCUAUGAUGUACUGGAUAAAGUCAAUGCCUUAAUGCCAACAGAAACCUUUAUUCCUGUCAUCAGAGGUCUGAUGACUAACAAGCUGCCUUCUGUGAGACGUAAAGCAAUGGAUCUGUUGAACAAUAAGUUGCAACAACGCACACCAUGGCAGCAAGCGCAAGUUGAUCUGCUGUUAGAAAUGGUUCCUGACCUAAUUGCUGUUGUACAGCGGAACACACAUGAGGCUGAGGAGGAGCAGGCAAUCAACAGGCAGACAGCCUUAUUCAGUUUGAAAUUGCUGUGCAGAAGUUUUGGCAAUGAAAAACAUGAGCCAUUUAUAUCAGUGCUGAAAAUGGCUGUUGAUGUAAUCUCUACAAGAGAGAAGGUGGAAAGAAAUGUCAUAGGAAGUGCUUUGCUGUGUGCGGCUGAAGUCACCUGGGUGCUGAAAGCACUGGCCAUACCUCAACUCCCAAGGUUUAUGCCAGCAUUGCUAAAGAUUCUGACACACAAAAAAGAGUUAGUUGCCAGUGAAAUUUACUUGCUUAGUGCAGUAACAGCACUGCUGAAAAUUGUGGAAACAUUGCCACAUUUCCUCAGUCCAUAUUUGUUGGAUGUCUUACUACAGGUGGUCCGUUUGGAAAAGAUUGCCGUUGAACUGGGUCCUUCAUCCCCUGUUAACUUACGCUUGACCUCUCUGAAAACUACCCUAGCAACAAAACUGCCUCCAAGAGUUCUUCUGCCAGCAGUUGCAAAAUGUUACAGUGAAGUAAUAAAUACUUGUAAGAACUGUCUAGGUGCAGUUAUGGAUAUUUUAAAGGAGCAUAUUAUAUUUCUGGAAAGAGAUCAGCUUAGUGCUCAUCAAUCUGAGCUAACCUCAUUUUUCAUCAAGGCGCUGGACUUCAGAGCAGAACACUCUCAGGAUAAUCUGGAAGAAGUUGGGAAAAUAGAAGAUCAUAUUAUUAUGUGCUUAAUCAGCAUGGUUAUGAAGCUUUCUGAAAUGUCCUUCAGACCUCUCUUCUUCAAGCUCUUUGAUUGGGCCAAAACUGAAGGUACUUCAAAGGACAGGCUGUUGACUUUCUGCAGGUUAGCAGAUUGCAUCGCAAAGCAGCUAAAAGGAUUGUUCACUCUCUUUGCUGGACAUUUAGUGAAGCCUUUUGCUGACACACUUAACCAGAUCAAUACUUCCAAAACAGACAAAGCUUUCUUUGAUUCUGAGAACAACACUGAGAAGAGCUGCUUGCUACUACAGUUCAUCCUGGAUUGUUUACACAAAAUCUUCCUUUUUGACUCCCAUCAAUUUGUGAGCAAGGAGAGAGCAGAAACACUGAUGAUGCCCUUGGUCACUCAGCUGGAAAACAUGCUUGGGGGAGAAGAGAGGUUCCAGGAAAGAGUGACAAUGCAUCUGAUCCCUUGUAUUGCUCAAUUUGCUGUAGCAAUGGCAGAUGACUCUCUCUGGAAGCCAUUGAACUAUCAGAUUUUGUUGCAGAUGAGGCAUGAGUCACCAAAGGUCCGAUUUGCUGCCUUGUUGGCUUUGCUAGAAUUUGCAGAAAAAAUAAGAGAGAACUACAUGGUACUACUUCCAGAAUCUAUUCCUUUCUUAGCUGAGCUUAUGGAAGAUGAAUGCGAAGAGGUAGAGCAUCAGUGCCAGAAAACUAUCCAGCAACUUGAAGCUAUUCUUGGAGAAUCACUGCAGAGUUACUUCUAAUCUCAUUGUCUGAUGAGAGUUUAAGAGCAUAACACAUCUGUCAGGACCAAACAAGAGAUAGCUCUUAACACAGAGUCAGGUGGUGUUUUUGCAAAUUUGGCUAUUGUUUUUUUUUUUACUAGCUUCCUGAGUUAUAAAUUAUGUCUGAGCAUUUUUAAAUGUUAAAUUACAACUUUUAAUUU